AUGGGCAAGAAAGUCAUUGCUACCGGCCACGAGAAAAAUCGAGAGGAACUAGCCUUGAUGGCCCGGGAGCUGCCAGGCCUCGAAUUCCGCGUGUGGGAUUUGACAGAUCUUGACAGGUUGCAAAGCGAAGCCAAGAAUAUCUUAGCCGACUUCCCCAAGCUCGAUACUGUCUUCAUCAACGCCGGUAUCCAAAACCACUACAUGAUGUUCCAGGAGCCUCCCAAAAACGAGGAAGUUAUCCGGGAGUUGACAACCAAUCUCACAGCACCAAUCUUGGUCGCUCACUCCUUUGCCUCGCACCUUUUCGCCCUGGCACAAUCGGGCAUCAAGACCAACAUGUUACUCACCAGUUCCUCUUUGGCAUACUUUCCCGUGGCUUUCUAUCCGACGUACUGCCCUUCCAAAGCUGGUGUCGCCGCCUUCACCAAGAUUAUGCGAAUGCAGUUGGAUUACACUGGCUGCAAAGACAUGAAUGUGGUCGAGGUCGUACCACCAUAUGUCGACACCGGGCUGAACGCUGCACAUCGAGACCGGACAGAUGCACUGCAGGGGGGGCAGGAUAAAUCUGUCCAGCCUAUGCCGCUCGACGAGUACAUCGACAAGUUUUUUGCAGCUCUGGAGCAAACACAAGCGGAUGGCUCUCUCAAAAACGAGAUUGGCGUCGGCUUUGGCGCCCAAGGUGUCGAGAUUUGGCACGACGGGUUCCGGAGGUUGCUCAAUGGAUCAGGUAUGACGGAUUGA